AUGCCGAUAUCGAAGGAACAGUAUACGGUAACUGCUUUGACAAUUAACAGCAAGGAUGCGGUAGCUGCGACAUCGUCCGGUCUGGUACGAGGAAUGCGAUAUUUUAUUCUGAUAUCCACAGUACUGUGUCUUGCUUCAAUUAUGGCCAACAUUCAGACUUACAAUUUCAUUGUAAUUUGUAUUGAGCGCGAGUACGACGAUAUGAUUUCAGAAUACAGCAAUGAGGCAUGUUGA